GUUCAGGAAGCGGGGUUGCAUCCGCUCCCGUUACGUGGCUGGGUCGGCUCUGCGUAACGGUUGGGCUCCGUUCAAAAAAGGAAACGGGCCUCCUUUUUUUUUUUUUUCUUGCAAAAGCAGAACGUCGCAUCCGCUGCCGGGUUUCUGGACCGACCCGGGCUCGUGUUCCAGGGAUUCCCCCGGUUCUGCACACGGGGCUUAGCCAGAAAUCUUCCCCUCCGGCUGGAGGAUGGGUGCCUCAUCAGCCCGGUCCCGUCCCGGCCGGAGGAAGGAGCCGCGGUAAAUAAUAACAUCGCUGGGGCUGAAGGAUUUCAAGGAAUGCGGCCAUCUUGGAAAGCUGUACCCUGGGCUUGAAAAAUUCUAUAGGUGUGAAUGAAAAUACCUUUCCAGAGCCCAUCACUCUGAGAGGAAGAAAUGGCUGUCCAGACCACACUGUGCUUGGCCUGGGUAUCAGCAGUGCUGGCUUUGGUCGCGGUAAAACCAUCCCAGACCCAAAAGUGUUCCUCAGAGAAGAUGGAAGACAUGACGAUCGAUAUCCCAGCAGCCUUUUCCAAAGGCAUCAGAGGGACAGAUCCGAUCUAUGCACCAUCUUGGGAAGCCUGUGUGGAGACUUGCUGCUCAGAAAAAAUAGCAGGUGAUAAGACAUGCAACUAUGCGAUCUUUAACACCAAAAUGAAAAGCAGCUCUCCAAAUUGCUAUCAGUUUUAUUUCCCCGCCCAAGAAACCUGUCCUGUAAAACCAGCGUCAGGACUGGUCACGUACAGAAUAAUAGAAGGCAAACAGAUACCCAAACCAGCUCCUUCCUUAAAGAAAGUCCCUCAUUUUACAGUGAACAGAACAGCGUCCCCACAAGCAGCUGGGUUUGGUCUUGCAAGGCCACUGGGUAGACCGGAUUCUUUGCCCAAGACUUCUACGAAAGAGGAAAUCUUUGGCCCUUCAGAUCAUCCCUUAGAGAAAGUAGAUGGAUCCUCCCAGCAUCCCAAAGCUGGAAGGACAGAUGAAGUCGAGACUUUGGGUUCUUCAAUGGUGCCUGAAAACAACAGUACUGCUAGCACCAUCCAACGACCUACUCCUGUUAAACUAUCCCUCGCCACCCUUGACUCUUGGACCAGCAGGACUGCAGCCAUUCAUAGUCGUCCUAGCCACGUCGCUACUCCUGUGCCUUAUGCCAGAAAGACAGAGGCGGCCACUCUCCAGCCAAGCAAGGGCCCUCAUCCCAAACCAACGCUUCCUUCCGAAACUGAUCUUCACCGUUUCAGUUCAUCGUCAUCCGCCCUGCCUACUCCGUCGUCUUCUCCUCGGGGCUCCCACCUUAGUGAUGACGGACGACUUAGUUUGGAAGGCUUCAGCCUUGAUGGCAGCCCAGCCGGGAACGAUUUCUCCCUGCUGAGUGACCAAAGCGUCCUCCUUGCCGCCUUGUUUUUCGGGGUGCUGUUUUUUUUCUUGGCGGUGGUGCUGAUAGGGGGGAAAAUGUUCUGCUCGCGUCAGCCACAGCGCUACACCAGGCUGGACUACUUGAUCAAUGACAUGUACACCAACAUGUGAACGUGAGAGGGACCCGGAGACACCUCCGUGGUCAACGUGGAAGAGUUUGGUUGUCUUGUGGCCUUCAGGGAAAGAAAAAAAAAAUAUGGAUUGAAUUUGCAGUUCUAAUGCAGUUCCGCACACCCAAGUCACAAGGUUCCACCAAUUUCAAAAUAUGUUGCUUUCUCUUA